GCUCUUCUCGUUCCAUUUAAUCAUGCAAAUAUUUGGUAGUAAUAGUAAUUGAUGUGUAGUAGCUAAGUUCGAGUGCGAGUGUAGACGACGGCACCACAGGUAGGGUAUCGGUGGUGGUGGCGCCUCCGUCACAGCGGCGGCUGACAUGGAUUUUCUGUUGUGCUGCUGCUAUGUGCGUGAGCGUAGGUUGCAUGUAUUUAUAAGCGAGUGCGAUUGAGUGAAGGGUAAGAUUUGUUAUGCGAUGCCGGCAAUCGACGCGGGAUCGCUGAAUUGACCGAGGGGAUUGAACCGCCGGAGCACGGGGUCUAAGCUCGUGUUGUCAAAUUGUUCAUCAGAUUGUCAGCGGAGGCGGAAUUGAAGUGGAAAGGUGGCGCGGCGGAGCUAGGGUUCUGUAGUGUUUAGAUUCGAAUUCUGGUAUCAAAUCGACGCUGGAUCGAGAAAUUGAUUGAGGGGUUUUGUUGACAGAAGGGAGAGGAGUAUGGCCGUGGCUCCGAUUCAGACUACGAUAACCGGAGUUGCAGGUCGCCGGCGACGGGUUAGUGAUUGGGGUUAGAGAUAUCUUUGCAUGCAAUUUUGACUGCAAUUGGGAAUUUUGAGCGAUAUAAGUUUCCACAGAAAAACUCGUGAACAUCACAUCUCACAAUCGCCAUGGCUGUGAAGAUGUUGCUGCUGCAGAACUUCCCUGUUUUUGUUUUCAACAACCUGUCAGAAUCUCAACGAACCCAGUUCAACGUCAUCAACAAACCCAUUAAUCAGUCAAAAAUUUCUUUUGACAUAAUUAAUAGUGGUCGCCACCGCUAUCAACAGAUUCACAACAGCAGUAAGAGUGAUGAUUAUUCGUUUCAAGAGCUUAGGUGCGGAGAAGAAAUGGGUAAAAAUUCUAGCCGGAAAAUGGAAAGAUUGGUUGGAGGAUUCAACCCCAAAAUUCCUGUAGAAGAAGCAUUCACCCCACCAAGUAGCUGGUACACUGACCCUGAUUUCUAUGGUUUUGAGCUUAACCGAGUCUUCUACACUGGAUGGCAAGCUGUUGGAUAUACUGAACAGAUCGCAGAGUCUUGUGAUUAUUUUACUGGCAGAUUGGGGAAUGUCGAAUACAUUGUGUCUCGGGAUGAAGAGGGAAUGCUGCAUGCUUUCCACAAUGUGUGCCGCCAUCAUGCAUCUCUACUUGUUGCAGGAACAGGGAAAACGUCUUGUUUUUCCUGUCCAUAUCAUGGUUGGACCUACGGGUUGGAUGGAGCACUUCUAAAGGCAACAAAAAUAACUGGAAUCAAGAACUUCAAAGCUAAUGAAAUGGGACUUGUGCCACUUAGAGUUGCCAUUUGGGGGCCAUUUGUUUUAAUCAAUUUUGGAGCUGUGCCAAAUGAUAAUCCUGACUCGGAGGGUGUAGGCAAUGAAUGGCUAGGUGAUGCAGCAGAGCAACUGAGUGCCAAUGGAGUUGAUACGUCAUUGAAAUAUGUUUGCCGACGUACAUACACGCUUGACUGCAAUUGGAAGGUUUUCUGCGACAACUAUUUAGAUGGUGGUUAUCACGUGCCGUAUGCACAUAAAGGUCUUGCAUCUGGUCUCCAGCUUGACUCAUAUUCUACCGAAAUGUAUGAAAAAGUCAGCGUCCAAAGUUGUGCCGGCAUUACCAAGGACUCACAGGAAGAAAAUGAAAGAUUGGGGGAAAAAGCAUUUUAUGCAUUUGUUUAUCCAAACUUCAUGAUCAAUAGGUACGGGCCUUGGAUGGACACUAAUCUCGUACUACCAAUGGGGCCCCGGAAAUGCCAAGUGAUUUUCGACUACUUCUUAGAUGUUUCUCUUGUGGGUGAUAGCGAUUUCAUCGAAGAGAGCCUACGAGACAGUGAAAGAGUGCAGGACGAAGACACAACACUAUGCAACGGCGUCCAACAAGGGCUGGAGUCUCCGGCAUAUAACAUGGGGCGAUAUAGUCCAUCUAUUGAGAUGGCUAUGCACCACUUCCAUUGUCUACUGCAUCAGAAUCUCUCCACAUGAAACCUAAGAUGCACUUUAAAAGAGAGGUUGUUUCCCUUAAAAAAGAGAGGUUUAUAUCACUAGAUCAUUCUACUGUGAUGCAUAUGAAUUGUAACUAAAAAAGACUUGUACAUUGUCUCAAUUGACGAAUCAAUGCUCUGUUUCAGUUGCUUUGUUUUGUUU